UAUUUUGUUUUCUUUCCCUUUUUCUUUUUAUUCAUCCGGUCGUCUACUUUGCACGUCGACGCGAUCUUUAACGCUCGCUUAUCGCGAACGUCGCAAAGAAACGCAAAAAGAAAAAGAGAAUUUCUCCAAUCACUCAAUUAUGCAACGCGGUUAGAUAACGAACGUGAUGAUGACGCGCUCGCGAUGAGUCGUCGAUUCGUCGCGAAUCGAUCCGUGCGGGAUAUUAUAACUUAAUUGAUGCAUGCCGAUUGUUGUAAGUAAAUUCUCGCGUGUUAUACGAAAAUUUUACCAUGUUAUCGGGAUCGCGGGCUCUGUCGCGGUCGGAAUGCAUGCAAGAGUGGGAAAGUUUCUAUUCGACCACAUAUAAUAAUAGUUAUAAACUUGGAACGACGAUGUUUUCUUAUUAGCUAAAUUUACCGGGUAGAAUUUGCUGUUUUGUACAUGGUCUUCUGCUCUAGAAAGGUCUGCAUAAUAAUGUUUCACACGUGUUUUUGCAUAUGCACAUAGAUAAAGGUCGUGGUGUUCUCCAGAUUUCUUGCACGCAGUAUGGAUCAUGCUGACAGGAACUCUGAUCAAGACAAGGUGUCGGUUGUGAAAAUAGAGAAACUUUAAUUUAUACAGCAAAAGUGCAGGUAUAUCGGCGCAUAAAUCAACACUUUCUGAUGUCUCACUGGAGAAGAUAGCACAUACAUAUUAUUCCAUUUCAUCCGUUAAACCGAGCUGAUGCAACCUGUAGCGAGCAAAUGACAACAUAGGGUAUUAUAUUACGUUGACGUGAAAGAUAAUAUAUUUUGAUUAUUUUUCCCGUAUUUUAUAUCAAUCGGACGAUCCGUUUAUCGAGACUGCAAAAAUGACACGCAAUACCACGGAGAAUCUCUUAAAAGAGGCUGCCAUCCAGAUUGGUGCUGGUGGAUCGGCAGGUUUUAUCGAAGUUUGCAUAAUGCAUCCAAUGGAUCUUGUUAAAACGCGUUUUCAACUCCAAGUGAAGACAACCAAGUCAGAUCCAUUAUAUUAUACAGGAAUUCGGGAUUGUAUGACUAAAAUGUACAAGACUGAAGGAUUACCGGCAUUUUGGAAGGGAAUUUUGCCCCCGAUACUUGUAGAAACUCCCAAACGUGCAGUUAAAUUUUUUACGUUUGAGCAAUAUAAACAGUUUUUCUUAUUCGGCGCUAGUGCACCCACUCCGUUGACAUUCUCAUGCGCUGGUUUCUUUGCCGGUGUUACAGAGGCUAUAUUAGUUAAUCCUUUCGAAGUGGUCAAAGUAAAACUACAAUCUAAUCGAAAGCACGUGAAAGAAAGCCCGUCAACAGUCGCAGUGACAAAAGAGAUAAUUUCAAAGUAUGGAUUGAACGGUCUGAACAAAGGGCUUUCAGCCACCAUAAUGAGAAAUGCGGUGUUCAAUUCAUUUUAUUUUGGUUUUUAUCAUUCUGUUAAAGGAUAUAUACCGGCCAGUAAAGAACCUUGGCUGGAAUUCUUAACUAAAGUUGCUAUAGGAUUCGUCUCGGGUACCGUCGCUUCCUGUUUAAACAUACCGUUUGACGUGGCUAAAAGUCGCAUUCAGGGACCACAAGAUGGUAAGACGCAAUACAAAGGGACACUGAACACCAUGCGUAUUGUUUACAAGAGAGAAGGAUUUAGAGCCUUGUACAAAGGCUUGGUGCCAAAGGUGCUGAGAUUAGGUCCAGGCGGUGCCAUUAUGCUUGUAGUAUAUGACUACAUGCAUGUAUUUCUUACAAAAAAGUUCAAAGACUAACAUCUUCACUGCAUUUUAACAAGCUGUGAGGUAGCUAUAAGUAUAAGUUACUCUUUAAAAUGCAUUUAAUAUAUAUAAAUAUGUUUAUUAUAAUAUAUAAUGUAUAUUUUUUAAUGUAAAAACAAGAUAUAGAUUCAUAUAAUUUUUUAAUCAUAAAAAUAUAAUUCUUUACAUGUUAUAUGUGUCAAAUAAACGACCUUUUUAUAAUUUUA